CGUCGAUUAGUAUCCCAGUUUACUUCCGCUUUUAUCACACGUGCGAAAUUCAUAAAUAAUGGGUAAACCGACUAAAAAACAAUCUAAACGACCAUAUAACUACAGUAGAAAUAGGAAAAAUGAAUGGAAGAAAACGAAGAAAUUACCAGACAUUAAAUGUAAAGAGAUCAAAGAGUCUUGGGAUAGAAGGAAAAGUGUUGCUAAAAAUCUAGCUGAGAUGGGAUUGAGUGCAAAUCCUAAUAAAACUAUCCACAUUAAAUCUUCAAAGGAGUUAAUUACUCCAAUGGACUUAGAUGAUACCGGAGGAGUCACACAACAGAAAGAAAGGCCAGUAAAAGAGCAUGUGGUAAAAUCUUUAGAGAAGGAUGCCUCAAAACCAUUAGCCAAAACCAAUAAGUUGUCAGAUCCAGAUGUUUUCUUCUGUACAUAUAUGCUGGAUAAAUAUGGAGAUGACUUUAAGGCAAUGGCGAGAGACCCUAAAAACCACUAUCAGGAAACACCAAAACAGAUUAAAAAGAAGAUUAAUAUGUUUAAAAAUACACCUGCCCAGUAUGAGGCAUAUUUAAAGUCAAAAGUGGACCAUGUUUUGGGAACAUUUAGACAAGUGUGUACUAGUCCAGUGACUGCUGAUCUUAGGGAUGGACUUCCGGUCUCGCGCUCCCCACGAAAGCGGCGGAGAAUAACGAGGAAGUACGAAGCAGCACGAAGAAAUGGGCAUUACAAACAGUCACCGGAAUUGCUGAAUAAUGACAGUAUAGUAGAAGCUCUACCAGGUAUGUAUCAUUACUUUAUAUACACUUUAACAAGGACAUUUACAUUUAACACUUUACAAAUGGAGUAGUUAGUCUCUGAUAUA